UACCUCUAAAUCUCUAGUUUUCUAUAAAUCCUUUUGCUUCCUAUUUGUAGUAGUUAGUUUCUUCCUCUUUGUCCACAUUACUAUGCCGAGGAAAGAGCGGCGGUCAGGUGUGGCAUAUAUCCAUAAUGACAAAGACCGUGAUCUCACUUUCUACAAGCGACGUGCUGGUUUGGUCAAGAGGGUGACUGACAUCUCUGCCCUCACUAGGGCUAGGGUUGCAGUCGUCCUAGAGACAACCAAUGGAAAGAUGCACUCAUUUGGGACGCCAUUGGCCGAUCCCAUUGUUGAUGCUUUCCUAUUUGGAGAUCCACCAACAGUCCCUUCCGCCGACGAGGCAACCAUUGCUAGGAUUGGGAGCCUACAAAAUGAGGUGGCUCAGUUGGACAUGGAGAACAUGACCGAGGAAGACAAAAACCAGCUUUCCAUCCUUCGUAUGAAGAAUAUCCAAGAAGAGAAUCCAGGUAUGGUGGAAAAUCUUGUCUUCACGAAGGAACAAGAUCUCAAUCUUGAAGAUCUUAACAAGCUCUUCAAUGAGCUCUGCUGGAUCCAAAAAGACAUUAGAUGCCGGUUACCUCCAUUGGAUGGUCGUGAAGCCAAGACUAGUGGCACAUGUGUGGCGCAAGAUCUGCAACUACCAAUUGUUCUUCCAGUGGAUCAUUUGGGUACUACUCAUUCACAAGUGCAGUUAUCGUGGCCUCACAAUCUCUCACAAUUCCAGCUCCCUUUAGAUCCACUACCACCACAACAAGAAAAAACUUCAGCACCACUUUGUCCUAUGCAGAUACCACAAAUAUUCCAUUCUGCACCACCAUCCUUAGCUCCACACUUGGCUUCCCAUGUCCACCAACCCAUACCAAAUCAGACACAUGAGCAAACUCCACCAGAGGAUUUGCAUGUUCAGAAAUAUGAAUGUCCUGGCAAGAUAGUGCAACCACAACAAAAUGAUGCAAACUACGACUCAACUUCUGGGCAGAAUUUGGAGGCCUCUCCACUAUUGAGUUACUCAAGUGACAAUGCCUUUUCUAUUGAUGGCCCAUUUAACACUGAACAAUGGGGUUAUGCCCUGUCAGACCAGUCCUGCAACAAUAGUUUCCUAGGGAUGGAUGCUUACUUAGGCUAUAGUGGUACAGAUCUAGGACAGUCUUCCAUGGUAAAUGGUGGAUGGGUUGAUGUGCCACCCUCUUCCACUCGACACGAUAUUGAUGGUCUUAUAGACUAUGGAGAGCUUUUGUAGAUGCCAGUUAUAGCUUCCAUUUGAGAGCUAUAUUGAAAUAAAAUAUAUUU